AUGAUGCUGGAAAUCGACUUCGGUUUCAGUUGGAGUUGGAAUUUGUGCAAUGUUUAGCCAACCCAAAUUACCUUAAUUUUCUUGCCCAAAGAGGUUACUUCAAAGACAAAGCUUUUGUAAAUUAUCUUAAGUACUUGCUUUACUGGAAAGAACCAGAAUAUGCCAAGUAUCUAAAGUACCCUCAGUGUUUACACAUGUUAGAACUGCUCCAGUAUGAACACUUUCGAAAGGAGCUGGUGAAUGCUCAGUGUGCGAAAUUCAUUGAUGAACAGCAGAUUCUACACUGGCAGCACUAUUCCCGGAAGCGGAUGCGUCUUCAGCAAGCCCUGGCAGAGCAGCAACAGCAGAAUAACACAACAGGAAAAUGAAGAGCUGGGGACAGACCUGGCUCUUGGGACAUGUAUAUAAUGUAUUGCUAUUGUACAGUACUGGUAAAGGAAGAUUCUUCCUGCUCACCUUUAUUAUCUAGCACUCAGAACCAUUAGUGUUAUUUUUGGUCAACAAGCUUUAUAUUGUUAAUAGAUUAUUUCUGUUAAACCAGAAUUGUUCUACUUUGAUUUCUGGGGAUUUGUAUAUUUCCUUUGCAUUUAACAGAACCAAGUGAAUAAGAAUGUAAAUGUUAGGUGUUAUAGAGCAGUUUAAGAACAUGGGUGUGACAUACAGUGGUACCCUGAGCCAAGUCAUCUCUAGGAACCUUACUGAGAUUAGGUUCCAUAUCCCUGUCUCACCUCAUUUUCAGGAGAGGGGUCCUGGAACCAAGGAGCUUUAAACUAAGAACAAGGACUACAUCAGAGUUCCUUCUUUCUGCAGUAGAGGACAUAUUCAAUUGCUCCCUGCUCUGUAAGAUAGCUGACAUAGUAGUGGCAGGGAAAGACUGGUCGUUAUGACUAAUUGGACUCUUGUCCUUCAAGGUGAGCCUAAAAUACCUUUCUUUGGGAAGGUUAGCAUUUAUUUGACAAGUACCACAAUAGAAACUACCUUAAAAUGUUUCUA